AUGAGCGGUUGCUUUUUUGCAGACGUAUUUUACUGCAAAAAAUGCGACAAGGUGUACACCAAGCAACAGUCGCUAUACGUGCACACGAAGUACGAUUGCGGAAAUAAGAGACAGUGGAGGUGCUUGUUUCGGGAUUGCCGUCACAGGACUACGAGGACCGGCAACAUGAAACGGCACAUAUCGGGAAUGCACGGUUCCCGUUUAAAGGACCUGCUGCGCAACGUAAACUUCAAGGACCACGUUUGCCCCGCGUGCAACAGGCAGUUUAAAAGGAAGGACCACGUUCAAAGGCACUAUCUCGAACUACACCUCUGUCGGCAAACGCAGUUCGGAUUUAAGUGCGCCUCUUGCGGCAGGGGCUUUAAACGCAAGUACCUAAUGGAAAACCACGAGAAAAUCUGCGGGAUUAAGCCUGAAAAACCGCGCCUACCUUGCUUCAAGUGCGGAAUCGAGUUCCGAACUAAAGCUUCAUGGGUCAGUCACAUGGAGGCGCUGCACGGCCUCUGUGCCGGUCAGCUCUGA